CGUGACUGUGAGAACUGGCGAGAUAUGCGAGCGUUACGCAACAGGUUCACUACAACCUCCGUGCCAGUAGCAACACUUGUGUUCCGUGCGGUGGGGCUCUGAGGGAUGGCUGCUGCAAUGUAAAUAGUGUGAAUUACAUGAACGAUAAAUAUAGAGGAGUACGUUCGGCAGUGGAGCUUUAUCAGUUUCUCCCACCUACGUAAACAGGAUGGUGUCUGUCAUAGUUCUGAUACAACUACUAGUACAACUGUCAACUGUGAUGCUGGCUCAGGACACGUGUCCCCUGUCAUGUCACUGUGGCAAGAAGAGAGGACCAGACAAUAAAACCGUCACCGUUAUCAGAUGCUCUACCGGUGUAGUCCCAGAUCUGUCCCCAUUAAAAUUGGACCCACAUCCCAAGGAGUUGACCCUGGACGCAUACAGGCACGACAACACUCUUGACAUCCGGAAAAACGUUUUCCAGUCUGGGCUGAAAAUUAAGAGACUUGUUAUCAGAGGAGGACCCAAGAUGACACUGCAGGACGCAGCUUUUGUCCGUCUUGACGAUUCGCUUGGUUCGCUGAGAGUUGGGAAUGAGGUGAAAUUCAAUACAACAUUGACAUUCUUAAGAGGAUUAUCCGGUUUGGUUCAACUAGAAUUACGAAACAACAAACAAUAUUGGACCAGGAGCACGGGAUCCCAUGUAGUAACCUUGUUUCAUGACCUUGGCUUGUACGAACUACAACACCUAGACAUGUCAGCCUGCUUCAUUUAUAAAAUGUCAGUGGAUGUAUUUCGUGGAGUUGAAAGCAUCACGUCAUUGGAUUUAUCUGGUAACCGGCUCAGCGAUGUUCCCCGGGCUUUGAACAGUCUGACACAUCUCCAGAAGCUGGACCUUAGCUUUAAUCAUAUAAAAUCUCUCCAAAGUGGCGCCUUCAGUAAACUAAACAAAUUACACUCCCUGCUCCUGGUUGGAAACGAAUUUGGAGAACUUGUUCCCGAUACUUUCAGUGGCCUUGAGAACAGUCUUUUAACACUAGAUCUGCAAUUAACAGGCCAGAAGGUUAUUCCCACACGCGCUCUUCGUCGGUUGAAGAUGCUGAAGAAUCUUAACAUCAGUGAAAACCCAUUCACGUCAAUGUUAGCGGAUUCCUUCAGUGGAGAAUACUGUUUACAUAGGUUAGAUAUACAUUACACACAGGUCGAGUUUCAUGCUAAUAUGUUUGACAGCCAAAAGGAUUGCCUUCAUGAACUCAGUUUGUACAAGACGAAACUAACGUAUAUUCCUCGAGGGAUCCUGGCAUCGUUGAGCAAGUUGAGACGGUUGGAAUUCCAUGGCGCUGAUAUUGAUAUUUUAAAAAACAAUAGUUUAUCUGGGAUAAACGCCAAAUCAAUAGACCUGUCCUAUUUGCCUCUUUCGGAGAUCGAACCUGGCGCGUUCAGUGGUUUGAAUGUACCAGUCAACGUUACCAUUGUUGGAACGUCUCUCACGAGUCUUGACUUUGUGCUCGGAUACAAGCCUGGAACAUUCCAAAAACUAGAAAUCGAAGGGUCUAUUAUUUGUGACUGUGAUCUUUUAAAACCUUUAAGAGAACUUGGGUGUGCACUAAUUGGAUCCUGCUCUAGAGAACAUAAUAUUUCGGUUAUGAACUUGCGUAAUGAUGAAUUUAGAAACUACUUGUCAGAAAAAUGUUCAGUGGAAUUGUUUGCGCCCGUGUGUUUGUCGAAUAUCGUUCAUAAUAAUUAUUGCUGUGUGUUUAUAUUAUUGCUGAUGGGAUUAAUACUCAUAGAAUUUAAUAUAUAAUCUUUACUAAUGUUAAAUUAUUGCUAUGAAAUACUGUAUUGUAUGUAGUUAGGUGUAGGGAUGUAUAUAAGAUUGCUUCACGUUGCCCAUGUGGACACUCUUCUCAAUACUUAAGCUGUAAACUGCGUUAUUGGCAUUCAGCAAUAUCUUCGAUAGGAUUGGGAUUGCAAAGUCUUUCAGAGAGUAUAUAUACAUUGUUAAUAAACGGAUGUUUUCUUC